GCUCCAGAUUCAUCGCGACCCCUGGAAGGAGGUGGGGGUGCAGAAGGAGGGGACAUGGGGCUCCAGCCCAAUUCUAGGGGGCGGAUCCGAGGCAGGAGGCCCAGAUCGGGAGCGAGUGCUAGGGGCCCAGGCCGCCGUGGAGCCAAACGCAGCGGGAGGCGGGAUCGCCACAUCCCGGAUUGCCAUGAACUCGGGACGCCAGCCCCGUACACCCUUCAGCAUCGCGGACAUUCUAGGCCAGAGCAUGGUUCCUCGAGCACCCUCUGCUCCACAGCUUCCUACUGCCGGCCCCGAUCCCGCGUCGCCGCUGUGCGCGCUGGAAGAGCUGGCUAGUAAAAUCUUCUUGGGACUUGACCCGCGCGCUGCUGCACAGCCUUCUCAAGGCAGAGCCGCCCCAGAGGCGCCGCCGGGUCCUGGAGCUGGUGGCCGGAGACGCCGCAAGUCUCGAACGGCGUUCACUGCGCAGCAGGUGCUGGAGUUGGAGCGGCGUUUCGUCUUCCAGAAGUAUUUGGCACCAUCAGAACGAGACGGACUGGCUGCGCGACUCGGCCUGGCCAAUGCGCAAGUGGUCACUUGGUUCCAGAACCGCCGCGCCAAGCUCAAGCGGGAUGUGGAGGAGAUGCGCGCCGAUGUGGCCUCCCUACGCGCAUUGUCCCCGGGAGUCCUGUGUCACUUAGCACUGCCUGACAGUACUUCAAGCCCUGGCCGGUGCACUACAGCUCCUGAUUCCCAGCCACACCUAUCAGAGGAAGAGAUACGGGUGGAUGAUUGAAGGCAAAGCGGCUGGCUGUCAGUCCUGGACUCCUCACUUCCACUUUGAGCACUCUUUGGGUUCCCAGGUAGAGGGGAGAGGUCCACCCAGGACUGUUCUCUCCCUAGUCCACACGCCUACCUUUCUUGUUGAGAAUAAAAGCCUAAACUCA